GUGAAUAUUAUUAUUAACAUUCCUUCUCCACUCCUCCAUUGCAGCUUUUCCUCCCAAUCUCAACUUCUCCCCUAACAACCUGCCUUGGGAUAAAUCCUCUAACCAAUAAAAUUGUUUUCAACCGAUCGCCCUUUUUGGAUUUCAAAUUACCUCUGGAUUGCCAUCAUCAUGUCUGGCUCCCCGUCGUCGUCGUCGGGAUCGGAAGAUGAGGAUGAAGGAUUCGAAUCCUACCGUAAAGGAGGCUACCACGCCGUCAGAAUCGCCGAUAAUUUCUCCUCUGCUCGCUACAUCGCGCAGAAGAAACUUGGUUGGGGACAGUUCUCCACCGUCUGGCUCGCCUAUGAUACUCAGUCCUCGAAAUAUGUUGCCUUGAAGAUCCAGAAAAGUGCACCUCAAUUUGCUCAGGCGGCAAUGCAUGAAAUUGAAAUUCUUUCUGCUAUUGCUGCUGGUGAUCCCUUAAAUAGCAAGUCAGUUGUACGCUUAGAAGACUCCUUUAAGCAUGCAGGCCCAAAUGGGCAGCAUUUAUGUAUGGCUCUGGAAUUUCUUGGUGAUAGUUUGCUUCGUUUGAUCAAGUAUAACCGGUAUAAAGGUCUUGAGCUCCAUAGAGUUAAGGAGAUAAGCAGAUGCAUUUUGACUGCUCUCGAUUACUUGCAUCGGGAGCUAGGAAUCAUACACACUGAUCUAAAACCUGAGAACAUUCUUCUAUGUUCCACCAUUAAUCCUUCAAAAGAUCCGAUCAGGUCAGGAUUGACUCCCAUCCUUGAAAGGCCUGAGGGAAACCCAAAUGGAGGAGUCUCAGUUAUUAGUAAAAUUGAGAGAAGACUAAAACAAAGGGCAAAAAGAGCAGUUGCAAGAAUCUCAGAAAGGCGAAUUGGUAUAGGAGAUGGGGUAGGCAGGACUCCAAAGCCUCCUAGAAACUUGGAUGGGAUAGAUUUCACAUGUAAGGUUGUGGACUUUGGAAAUGCAUGUUGGGGUGAUAGGCCACUUGCUGAUGAAAUUCAAACAAGACAAUAUAGAGCACCAGAGGUUAUACUCCAGUCUGGUUAUUCUUUUGCUGCUGAUAUGUGGUCAUUUGCUUGUACGGCUUUUGAACUUGCAACGGGAGAAAUGAUGUUUGCUCCCAAGAACGGACAAGGUUUCAGCGAGGACGAGGAUCACCUUGCUAUGAUGAUGGAGCUCCUUGGAAAGAUGCCACGCAAGAUUGCUACUACUGGUGCACGAUCCAAGGAGUACUUUGAUAGAUAUGGGGACUUGAAGAGGAUUAGAAGGCUGAAGUAUGGGUCCCUUGAUCGAUUACUUGUUGAUAAAUACAAGUUCUCUGAUGAUGAUGCACGUGAAUUGGCGAGUUUUCUAUGUCCCAUACUUGAUUUUGAUCCUGAUAAACGACCAACGGCCCAGCAAUGCCUGCAGCAUCCAUGGCUUAUUGCUGACAGUCAGACAAGUGAGGUGUAGAAGUGAUGUAGGAACGAGGGAAAAGUUCUCCACACGCAUCGAGUUUUGUUUGCGGUAGUUAUUUGAUAGAUUUUGAUUUGAUAAGAUUGUAACAUAGUAGUAGCAUGUGAAGAAGUUGAGAGUGGGGAAACUGCUCAUCAAGUGCCCGGUGCUGCAGAUUUUAACCAGGUUGGCGUUGACAUUCUUUGUCGUGCUUUUCCACUCAUGGUAGAAAAGCAAAUGGAAUAGGUGCAGGCGUGUGCUGUGCUGCACCAGCUCCAUCUCCUUUUAUGGCAUGGGGAAUCUCCAGCAAAGCGAAGUGCUUAAAGGAAGAAACACGACUAUCGUCAACAACUUUGAAGCUCAAGUGGUACGACAGCUAUUCCAUAACUGAUUAUUUCGGCCUAGAAGUUUUAAGUUUCUCUCUUUGUUUGGUUUUGGUGCUCCAAGAAUUUUUUUUUUUUUUGGAACUAAUCUUGUAUUUGGAUUUUUCUGAAUUUUUAGCUCUACUCCUCUUUUGCAAUUUUCUUUUAAAUACUUUUGGAUUUCGCAACUA